UCUACUGUUUAGGGAAAAAAUAGAGAAGUAGUGUGUUCCAGGUAGUCAACGAGUGGGUUCCGUGACUGAGUAUCACACAGGGAAGAUGUGAUUAUGUCCGUGGGAGACUUUAAUGUGAAGUGACAUGAUCUAGAGCAGACGAUGGACUUUCACAGGACUGUUCUGGUGACUGGAGGUUAUGGAUUCAUUGGAUCCCAUCUUGUGUGUUCACUGGUCAACAGACACCCUGACUGGAGAAUUAUAAACCUGGAUAAUCUGGAUUACUGCUGCAGCCCCAGGAGUCUGGAGAGUGUUGAAGACAGAGUGAACUACACAUUUAUCAGGGGAGAUGUGUGCAACUCGCGGCUGGUAAACUACAUUUUCAGCACAGAAAACAUUGAUGUGAUUUUCCACCUGGCAGCCAAAACACACGUUGAGUCCUCGUUUGAAUCUCCGGCUAGUUUCCAGCGGGUUAACAUCGAUGGAACCAGAGUUUUACUGGGAGCUGCCCAUAGGGCCCGACACCAGCUGCAGCGCUUCAUCUACGUCAGCACUGAUGAAGUGUACGGAGCUGGUCUGGACGAGGUGUUUGAUGAGAGCAGUCCAGUGAGGCCCUCCAACCCGUAUUCUGCCACUAAAGCAGCUGCAGAGUACCUGGUCAGAUCCUACUGGGACAAAUUCAAGUUUCCAAUCAUUAUCACCAGGAGCAACAACAUCUACGGGCCCAGGCAGUACACUGAGAAGGUCAUUCCAAGGUUUCUCACCUUCUUGCAAAUGAACAAGAAAUGCACCAUCCAGGGAACCCUCCCUAAAUCCCGCCAUUUCUUGUUUGUUAAUGAUGCCAUCAGUGCCUUCUUACUGGUGCUGGAGAAAGGAAUUGUGGGUGAAAUCUACAAUGUGGGGACAAGCUGUGAGAUUCCCAUCAUGCAACUGGCCAGGGAGCUUAUUAGGAUGGUCAAGAAUGUGCCAGACUCUGAGGUGGAUGACUGGCUCGAGUUUGUGCCUGACAGGCCGCAGGUCGACCUGCGCUACCCCAUCACAUGUGAGAAGCUGCAGCAGCUGGGAUGGAGAGCGGAAGUGUCCUGGGCUGAAGGCAUCAGACAGACUGUCAAAUGGUACCAAGACAACCCAAACUUCUGGCCAGACACGAGCGAGGACCAAGGACAAAUCAGAAGCAAACUUGAAGAAGCUCCCAGCAAAUAAGUGGCCUCAGAUAUGCCCUGAGGCUCGACUGACAGGACACACACACUGUACUGAGUCAGUGAGCAGUGACUUUUUAAAAGAAAACGUCACUUAUCUGUGUACCACAGACACUAUUAUGGCUGAUUUACAGCUCAAAUAACAGCUACCGAACACUGCUUAUUCAUUACUCUCUACUGUCUCCAAACGAUUGUUGGACCAACAGGCCCUGAAGUGCCCGCCAACAGGAAGGCAGAGCCUCCCUUCUACCAAAGCAAAGUCUCACCUGGAAAUGAAAGCACUUUAUCUCAAUAUGAAUGACUGAUUCAGCUGAUGCUGAUAAGCGGUCUUAGAACAGGGAAAACCCUGUUCUGAAAGUAAACAGCUUUUGCCAGCUCCUGAUAAGAUGCAGCAUGAGUAGCAAGUUUUAGCGGCUGUACUGUAGGCGCAACUUUACAUUUCAAAUUCAUGUUAAAUCUUUUACAGCAUUUUGAUUAAAGAUACUGUUUUAAAAGGCUGAGAAGGAAACUGCAGCUAAUUCAAAGUCCAGUCAUCUCAGUCAGAUGGUUUUUAUACUGUCCACAAAUGUUGUCUAAAUGUUUUUUCAUGCAAUGCUGUAGAAUGUAUUUAAGUACAAAUAAACUUAAUAUUUAAUA